AUGGAGGGCAAAUGCAAGCGUGCUCGUCAGGAGAUUAAGCGGUAUGCUCGGCAGGCUAUUGCUCAAUCUGGGUCAGCCUCGUGGCCCGAGGCGUUGUCCGUCGCAGCCCGAGUGCACAACCGGUCACCAAUCUUCCGUGACAAGAUCAGCCCCUAUCAGUUGGUAUUUGGUCAGAUCUCCCAUGACGAUUGGGGCAACCUGAACAGUCUCCGCCACGAAGAGGGUUUCCAGAAGCCCUGUAAGGACGAUCCCAGUGGAUUCUUACGGGAUUUGAAGACCAACAUCGACAGUACCCUGACCAUCUAUCGGGAGAACAACGUCUUCCACCGACUCGGUAUGAAUCACCACCGUCGAGCAUCUACCUUCCGAGUAGGAGAUCGAGUACUCUACCACAAGCAUGCCGCCACUUACGGAAUGUUGAGUACGUUCCAUCCGACUGUGGAAGGCCCCUACUCUAUCACUAGUGUCAGUGAACGUUAA